AUUCAUAUAGUUUGUACACAUCAGAAAAAACCGCAGGAAACAUUUAAAUUAAACCCAACAACAGGUGAAAUAACAGUGAAAGGUGUGUUGAAUUAUGAAGAUUUUAGGAUCUACGACAUGGAAGUUAUUGCAACUGAUAAAGGAGUUAGUGCACUUUCAGGACAAUGUAAAAUUAAAAUUCUUGUAGAGGACAUGAAUGACAACCAUCCACAUAUUUCAAUUAAAUCCUUUCAGAGUCCAGUCAGUGAGAACAUAGAGUUAGACACAGUGAUAGCUGUAGUUAGUGUGAGUGAUAAAGACUCAGGUGAUAAUGGACAGGUUGAUCUUCAUAUUCCAGAGAACAUGCCUUUCAAACUGAGGGAGUCCUCUGAUAACUAUUAUGAGUUAGUGGUGUCAGAGCCAUUAGACAGAGAGAAGGUCCCAGAAUAUGAAAUCACCUUCACUGUCACAGACAGAGGGUCUCCUCCUCUAUCUGACAAUGAAACUAUGACUUUGGAGCUGCUGGAUAUUAAUGACAAUGUUCCUCAGUUCUCCCAGUCAUUUUAUACCAUACGUGUCAUGGAGAAUAACGCACCUGGCUCCUUGCUCAGCUCACUCACUGCAUUUGACCCUGACCUCCAUGAAAACCAGUAUCUAGUUUAUUUCAUCAUAGAGAAGGAGAUUGCCAACACCUCCAUGUCUAUGCUGUUCUCCAUCAAUCCAGAGAACGGGAAUCUUUAUGCACUGAAAACUUUUGACUAUGAGAUUGAGAAGGAGUUUCUUUUCCACAUUGAGGCCAGAGACUCUGGUUCUCCUCCUCUCAGCAGUAAUGUGACCGUCCACAUCAUCAUUGUUGACCAAAAUGACAACGCUCCAGUUAUUGUCUCUCCUUGGCGCGCUCAUGGCUCAGUGGUGGAGGAGAAGAUCCCCAGAUCCACUGAUAAAGGAUCCCUGGUGGCUAAAGUGAUCGCCUUAGACACAGAUUCUGUGCACAACUCUCGGAUUACCUACCAGUUUCUCCAGGUGACUGAUGCUUCCUUGUUCAGCUUGGACCAAUACAACGGAGAGAUCAGGACUAUGAGGAUGUUCAGUUACAAAGACUCACGCCACCUCAGACUGGUUGUUGUUGCCAAGGACAACGGGGAGCCUGCUCUCUCUGCUACAGUCACCAUCAAGCUGCUGACAGUGGAGACUGAUGUUAAGGCCUACUCUGACAUGACUGAGAUGCCUCUGGAAUACGACAUCUUUUCAGACAUCAACCUGUAUCUGGUCAUCGGUCUGGCCUCGGUGUCAUUUCUCCUGCUCAUCACCAUCCUGGUCACCAUCGUGCUGAAGUGUCAGAAACCCAAACACAGCAAAACUGCUCCUCCCAGCAGGAACAGUGUGAUCAGUGAGAGGAACUCCACCAUCGCAGACUCCACUCUGGUCUCCAACUGA